AACAACAGCAAUAUCCUUCAUUUAUAACUUUUCUUCAGCAACCUAUAUCAAGUACGCUUUUUGGGCCUUUAGUUACUUUGUUUGGCAUUUUAUUGAUGCUUAUUAUCGUAUUCCCAUUAUUUGUAAAUUUAGUUAGAAAAAAGAAAGUUAGUAGUUGGGUUAAAGGGGCUGUUGUUAAAAGUUUUAAAGAGGAAAAAUUGUAA